GGCAUAGUUUGAGGUAUCAAGGAAUGGCAGGUGUAUCUCCACCACGCCAUGCCGGGACAUGUCCCAGGCGAGGCAGGGGGCGAGAAGGGAGCGAGGGCCGUCAGUCUUCACAUCUACGGUAGCCGCAACUUGAAUGCCUAUGAUCCACAUUGUGCUGUAUCAUCUAAUCACACAGUUUCGCGCCCCUGAGCUUCUUUUCAUAGGGAACGUCCAAUCACCGCGCGCGAAUACUAUCACUCUCGGCCGGCGGACCAAUCACACCGUCUGAAAUUGUGACGUCACCAGCACUACAGCCAAUAGCGUCGCCCGCGAUUCCGGAAGGCCCAUUAGCGGGAACAGUUGUUGUUGUUGAGACCAAUUACUCAAUGUUCGGACCGGAAGGCUGAGUGGGUAAAGUCAUCAGCUGCAGCCAGGAAGAGGAGGCGGAGAGAGGAGGCGAGGGUGGUGGUGGGACAUUGGCAGUGAAGGCGAGGAGUGAGCAGGACGCACCACCACCACCGCCAGGGUCUGCUGCGGCUCGCUGGCUGCCGUGACUGACUAGCCUACACGUGCCGCCUCGCCAGGACUAACUCCCAGUUCCUGGCCGCACCCCGAGCAUUGUGAACGCGUCCUCGGGUCCCUUUACUGCCAAUGUUCCUGAGAGGCGCCGCGCCACGCACUCCCACUCCCCGCACGCCAAAGAGCAUCUGUGAUAGAUGGCCAUAGUGAUGACGUGUCGUGAACUACAGUGAUCGGUUAACUCAAGCACUACGGUGAAGCUUUCCUCAGCCUGAUAUACACAGAAGGCUGGAAACUUGGGAUCACUUUUCUCCAGUGCGUUGAAAUUGCUUCUCUAGUCUUGAAACUUGAGGGAGACGCUGACAUCCAUUCAUGAUGACUCUUCAUAGUGCACGAGAGCCAAGUACUGAUGACAGACGUGGUAACAUAAUUCCAAAGUGGUGAAAUUUAGAGCAAUUGUCUGAACUUUAUGGUGCAACUGUGAGACAGCGGUGUAGUGAAGAAUAGAAAAGAUAACUGGGAUAAGGUGACGGAAGAAAAACAGGAUUUCACGAUGAGCGAAAGAUAAAGACACUAGUAACAUCUCUUAGUUAUGGAAGGAGAGAAGGUGCAGGCGGAGGCCAACGAGCUCAAAUGCGACGUGUGCGGGAGGGAAUUCGAUCGUCGGUCCCGCCUCGACGCCCACUACAAGACCCACACAGGGGAGCGUCCCUUCUCGUGUCCCUUCUGUGGAAAAUCUUUUGCCUCUAAGGGUAACUGCAACACCCACAUGCGAGUUCACACCCGGGAACGCCCAUAUCAAUGUCCACACUGUGAAAAGCGCUUUUCCCAACACGGACAACUGGUAAUUCACAUCAGACGACACACGGGCGAAAAACCCUACGUGUGUUCCCACUGUAACAAGGGAUUCACUUGCUCAAAAGUGCUGAAAAUCCACGUAAGAACUCACACAGGUGAGAAACCCUUUCAGUGCGAACACUGUCAGAAAGGAUUCGCUGCUUACGCCAAUCUCGUCGUUCACCGGCGAAUCCAUACACGGGAGCGGCCCUACGUGUGUCACCUGUGCGGCAGAGCCUUCGAGCACUCGGGAAACCUGAGUCGCCACGUUCGUGUACACCGCGCGGAAAGCGGCGUCAGAUGCAUUCCCUGCGGCCAAGUGUUCCCUUGCGACAAAGACCUCAUCACACACACGGGCCAGCAUCACCCCAACGAACACACGCGUGAUGAGGACGUUGACGUAGAGAGUCCUGUGGCUCCUGUGGUCACUACUAUCAACAUGCAAGACCUUGAGCCGUUCCAGCCGCCCUCAGCACCACAGCCAGAGCCGCCGCAACACACUGAGUCGCAGUUCACGGUCCUCACUCCUCUGGCACCCCCUGCUGUCCCUAUUCCAGUAACACAGGUAGAGAGCAUCCACACCUCCAUGCCACAGCCGCUACCGCCAGAGGAAGGCCCCGCGGACACGAGUAUCACCGUAAGUGACUGUGAGGACUCUGGUCUGGAGUCUGGCGGCAGUGUGGGAUAUGCUACUUCCCCUGACCAAGCCUAUGAUCGCCCCACGCACCAGUCACCCGAAGCCAACAAGGCGGAGGAACAGGUGGCUAAGUCCUCAGAACCCAAGAUUUCGACAAACUCGACAAAUUCCAAGUCUGCCACGGUGCCUCGGGAUGGCGGAGUGGCAACAACCUUCCCUCCCGAGGCACCAACACCUGCCCCGACCUUCAGAAUGCCGCCCAAGAAGCAGCAAUACCCAGGAGCUCGCUCUCCUCUCAGUGUGUUGCGGACAGCACUAUCUUCCCAGACGCCCCAGCCACAGGACGCCGCCACCCCAGCCACCCCAACCACGGGCCACCACCUCACCAUCCUCACACCCCCGACAGUCACCCUCCCGUCGGAGAUGGCUCUCAUGCCAGAGGCCAACGGACCCAACUCCCCUCACCUUAACCUGCACCAGCUUUCCCUCAACCACCAGCCUGGCGCUGCACUCACCCCGGUGUGUCUUGGGGCGGACCCAUAUUCUCGCCUGCAGCCACACCACCCGGGAGGCGAGGCUCACCCUGAGGAGACUCACAGGGACUCUGUGUACAGAGCUUCGCUGCCCGCACAAUACUCAUCCUCCGGCGGUGACGUAAACCCUCUCGAUCUCUCCCAGCCGCUCUUCAGCCACAGAAGUCUCGGUCCGGCGGAAACAACGCCAUUAAACCUUUCUCAGAGGCUCGCGGGAGGAUCUGGCGUGCCUGCUGAGUCAUGCGUCGUGAGUUACAGCGAGUCCCACCCAUCCACCUCCACUCCUCACCUGCUGGUUCCCGCCCCCAUAUAUCCACUUCCACCAAGCCUUCCUUCGCCUCCCAUGCAAAGAACGAAUGUACUCAGAAGAAAGUCUGAAGAUCUUGCUCACGCAGAUUCCAAGAAAAACAAGACGCGAAAAAUGGCUCCUCCGCCACUGAUUCCCAUACACGCCUCGGAGGAGUCUUCCAGCACCACUCCCGCAUCCUCCGCCCAGUCUCUACCUCCCCCGCCACCCCCGCCUCCACUGCCCCCACCACACUCACCACAGUCCACUCAACAACAGCAGCAACAACAACAACAACAACAACAGCAGCAGCAGCAGCAGCAGCAGCAGCAGCAGCAGCAGCAGCAGCAACAGCAACAGCAGCAGCAGCAACAACAACAACAGCAACAACAACAACAGCAACAACAGCAACAACAGCAACAACAGCAACAGCAGCAGCAGCAGCAACAACAACAACACCAACAACAACCAAAGCAACAACCUCCACCACCACACCUGUAUCCACCAUCCACGAUUUCUGCUACUCCCCACACCUACCCCCUUCCUCCUCACCACCCCGGGCCUCAUCUGCCGCUGCCCUACCCGCCCAUCUCCCUAGUGCCCACCAUCGCUCUCACCAGGACGGUCUCCAGCACCCAGCCACACGCCCCAGCCUCCUGCCAUUCCAUGCCACUCCACGCCGCGGCUCCUCCACUGCCGCGAUCCAAAGUGGAGGACGUGGAGGUUAUUGUGGAUGACGAUAUUCCCAGCGAAAAGUUCCUACCGUGUCCCCAGAAGACGAAGAUGGGCGUGGGCGUGGGCGUGCCGCCGUCACCCCUGGAUAGCAUCAGGGAAAACAUCCAGAGGUCUUUGUUUUCCCUCAUGCCGGGGGAACACGAGGCUGACGCCUUCAAGAGGAAAGUGGAGACAGCCUUGGUGGCGCUGGUGGGCGAGGUGCCCAUGAAGCAGCUCGGCUACCCCGAGAAGACAGCGGAACAGGUUCUGAUCACUAUCCUGGACAUGGCGAGGAAGAGCCCGUGUGCCGACGUGCGGGUGGACGAGCUGCAGCGCCUCAAGGUCAACAUGCGUAAGUUCCUGGAGUAUGGCUUUCCUUCCGCCAGCAGCUGGGAGGAGCUGGGCUGGAGCGGCCGGUCCAUAGACGCCAUCAUCGACAACAUCAUCUCGUGGAUCAGCCGCAAAAAGCACGGUGAACUGAGGGCGUGUGGGGGACGACUACUGGAGGAGGGGGCGACGAAAAUGCUUGUAGGGGCAGGCACAGGGGCGGGGAUGGCGGGGGCCGACAGCGAGGACAUUAAGGUAAACGGCACCCCUCUGAAGGCGUCCUAGCGGUGGCACUCUGGCCUGAUGGCACCAUGCUAGGGGGCGAGGGGCAGUGCCAGCAGUCCUUGCUUAUGUCGCGUUGUGUACAAAUAUUUAUCUUAUUUAUUUGUUUAUAUGAAAUACAUGAGUGAAAA